ACGUCUUGUCGCCCAUACUGGCAGAGAGUGCCCGGUAGCUCAAGUAUGCCGGAUAGACUCCUACUGCGUCAACGCCCACCGAGAACACUUCAGUUUACAAGUCCAUCAUUCGAUUCCGUCUGAAAUCGAGUACUCUACUCUCAAAACACAUCCAGGGCAACUCGUGGGGACAUGCCUCCUAAUCGAGUCAGAGUCGUCAAAGGCUCAUGUUGGUCCUGCAAAAAGCGACGCAUCAAAUGCAGUCUCUCCAAGCCAACUUGCCGGCAAUGUGCUGCCUCUGGCGUCAAGUGCGAUUACAAUAGCCGACUAAUUAGAUGGAGCACGCGGCCAACCCCUCAUGUCCCUCCGGCCUAUUGCAUUCCACGAAACGACUUACACUUGACCGUUUACCUCGAGGUCUGCGAGCGUCGUGCUCUUGACUACUUCCAUCUUCGCGUCUGGCCACUUCUGUCCACUGCAGAGGAACCGUGUGCUCCCCCAAGCUCGGUGGCUCUGGAGCACCGCGUCGUUCUGCUCGCUGCUUGUUUGCUGUCUGACUCUCACAGGCUCCUGCAAGACGGUACGCAUGAUCACGAUUCCCUCGGUAAGAAGCGGCUGGAAUGCCUGGCUGCCGUUCGAGCCGAGAUAGACCGCUGCUACGUUGAGCCCAAGCGGAAUGAACCCACGAUCGGGCUUCUAUUUGCAGUCAUCCUCUUGUACUUUGACGAUGGAUACAUGGGCUGCAUCCUCAAAUCGGCCUCAACCUCUAGUCAUUACAACGGCAUUCUAGCUAUCCUCAGCCACCUAGGUGGCAUCGAGGCAGCAGUAUCGACGGCCACCGAGCCGCUGCAUAUGCUGCUCUCAGAGUUCGCAACGACGGAUCUCACCACUUCCAUGAUCCAGGGGAAGCCUCCGGCAUUCGCUCCAGAAGUGUGGCAUCUACUCGACAAGGGCCCUGUUUGGUGGGGUCGCGACCCGCUAAAUAGAUGCUCCCUCGCAUCUGUCUUUCGCGAGAUUGCCAAGAUGGGCCUGUACCUACAAGCAACGACGAGCAUGGUCGAGGAUCUGUCCAUUGAGCGCAUCCGUCAAUUUGAAGCUUCCCUUCGCCCAGUGUAUGCGCCACUGACUGUCGCCGAUGCCGACGGCCAGAGCCCGUCAGAGGUAUCCGACUGCUCUACGACAGAAGCCGAGGCUGUACAUGCAUUCGCCCUCGUUCGUAUUUUCCAGCACACCGCCUUGCUGUAUCUAUACAGAGCCAUUUGCGGCCUCCCGACUCGUCACCCGCUUGUACAGCAGCAUGUCAAAUCCUGUCUCGCUUGCAUCUUUGAGAUCCCUCGGCAGGCAAACAACCUCAACUGCAUCGUUUUCCCGCUGUUCAUCGCCGGAGCCCACGUUUCAUCUGCAGAAGAGCAAAAGGCCGUUCUUGACAUGGCCGAUGUGAUAUACGAUGAUAUGCGAUUCGCUUCUAUCGACGCUGUCAAAUCUUUUUUCAAGACUAUUUGGCUGUGCAAGUCUGGAGAGAAAACUUGGCCUGAAAUCUUCAGCCACCUCAGUCCACAUGUCCUUGUGCUGUGACCUGUCAGUUGGCGUGUGAUUGAGCCGCGAGCGCCCAAUGAAGUUUUACGCAGAUGUUCAACGAGAUGAAUCGGGCAAAACAAACAGUCAUAGUUCAUUUAUGUGUGCGUAAUCGGCCAAACUUCAUGGUGGCGUCACGAUUCACGAAUGUACAAGUUCAUCUCAAGGUGAGCCAUCUUCUCA